AUGAUUAAAUCAGUUCUCCAAGCUAUUCCGGCUUACGUGAUGAGUAUAUUUAUUUUUCCUGAAGUAGUAAUUAACGAUAUUGAGAGAAUGCUGAAUGCUUUUUGGGGGUGUGGAGGUUCUAGCAGUAAGGGUAUUCGUUGGAUAGCGUGGGAUCGUUUAACUUGUUCUAAGAAGGAUGGAGGUCUUGGUUUCAGAAAGUUUAGAGCUUUUAAUAUGGCUAUGGUGGCUAAGCAAGGAUGGUUUAUAAUGAGUCACCCGCAAUCUUUAGUGUCCAGAUUCUUCAAAGCAGGGUACUUCCCAAAAACAUCUUUCUUUGAAGCUAAUCUUGGUUCUAAUCCUAGUUUUGUAUGGAGGAGUAUUUGGAAAGCUAGAGAUGUUCUUAUGCUCGGUUGUAGGUGGAGUAUAGGUGACGGUAGCCCGAUUAAGGUUAUGCAAGAACCUUGGAUUCGGGGUAAAGGCGAGAGGUGUGUUCCGGGGCCACAACAACAUGGUAUCUAUAAUAUGGUGGUUAAAGAUUUGUUGUUGCCAAAUGUAAAACAGUGGAAUAUGAGGUUGAUUUGA